ACUGCCUGCACUCGCUUUUUCACUCUUCUUUGGAGAGCUGAUUCGGAUACUGAUGGGUGUUCAAUUGCUGAUGUCCGCAGCAACCACUGCCAUCAAUUGAUUGUUAUUGGCGGCCACGGGAAAAAACGAUAACCUCAUCCUCAGCCACGCAGGGUGGUGGAUUGGUUACGGAUUACGGAUGUCUGAACGACCUCAGCAAAACAGAACUGAAGCUCAGCUGCUCCUCAAGCCCCUUCACCUACGCUCGCUCUUUUCCCGCAACACGCGCGCCAGCCAGCCUCUGAUUGAUUGUCUGACAAUACCUGGAGGUACCAAUACCAUUCAUCAACAUUCGUUGUUCUAAACCUGUUGCACCACAGCGGGCAGCUUUGCCCGUCGGCUACCUGCUCGCACAACCGAACCGCGUGGGCGACAGCUGACUCCCUCUCUACCUGAACAGCAUACAUACCCUUACCCUCGUUACGUCUGUCACGCGGUUACCUUGACUCUUGUCUCUCUCUGCUCUAUGGGAUCUACACUACAUAGCGUGUUGCGUGUGUCUUUGAUUUCCAGAGAACUGGAAGCUAUUACAGGGGCCAACCCAGAGCUCGAGCACCUGCAAACCUAAGGGAAGCCAGCCAGGGCUGAAGGUCAGACAGAGUUUUGCUACCACGCCGGGCUUUCUCUCCACCGCCUUUCGUCGCUUGUUCCUGGCGAGCCUGGAUCCUGGAGACAUCGACGGACUCCCUGAAACUCCACGCAGGGUGGGCGGCGGAGUUGGAAGCGCCUAGAUCGGUGCAGCAGAAAACGCAAGAAAUAGGAGCUAGACCUACUGUGGUCCAUCACCGUUAGCCAGUGGGGCCCCUGUGGGCUCUUUCGAUUCAACCCAAACCGGACGUCAUCCCAUUCACCAAGUGUGUGAUUUAUCCCUUCCUCUCUUCUCACAAAAGCACGGCAGCCGCGGCGGAAACGCGCCUUCAGAGAACCUGACUGCGCGCCUCGUCAACUCUUCCAUGAAACUCCGGUAGCGCCCGUCAAGGCUCAAGGUUGUGUCUGGAUCCUCAAAGCGGACCAGCAUGCGGGCUCCCUAAGAAGAAAUGUCACCCCCAAAACCAAAACCCGACAAACCUCCAUCACCACGGCCAAAGACCCCCAAGAUCACGCCCACAAACUCCAAGAAUGGCGCGCCGACAAUUUCACCGACCAAAUCGGCCACGGCGCUGGGAGCCACCACUCCCAAGAGUGUGCCGACACCUACCAACAGCGGCCUGUCACACCACAAGAAGAAGCCCGAGCUGAAGAAGCCCGAGCCGAGUCUUCUGGGUGAUUUCCUACUCGGCCGACCAUCCCCGCAGCGCGUAGCCGCACAGCGCUCAGCCUCGAAGCGACGAAAGACCAUGUCCAUGGAUGCCCAGAAUGUUCGAGAGGAGCUACGCCAAGAGAUGCGCGCCGCUGCUGUACGGAAGCUACAACAACCUGGUGGCGUUCGCGAUCGUGUCAAGGCAUGGCAAAAGGCGUCGCAGGCGGCAGUCAAGGCCGAGGGCCUUCCUAUUCCGGUCGCAGAAGAUGCGCGAAGCGAACCGACCGAAUUCGCUGUCAACUUGAGCGGCGAUGACGUGGACGAGGAAGACAGAAUGAGGAUCAAGUGGCGGCAGAAGCCCCCCAAGCAGAAGAAGCCAAAAAUCGAGACGGUGGAACCCAAGGGUACGAGUGGGAGCGACAGCACUGCCAAGGAGAAGAAUAAAGUGCUAGGGAGAAUGGCCGACGACAGGCCCGAUGUUAUUAUCAAGGAGGCGCGACCAAGGCCCGGGUUGCCCAAGAAGAGGAUCAUAAGCGACGACCACUGGAUGAAGAAGCAGCAAAAGGGAAAAGGGCUAGCAAAAAGUCCGGUACCCGAAGCAGGCCAACCCAUACCGAAAGACUUUCUCAAACGAACGGCGCAAAAUCCCUCGGUACAAAAGAAGAUUAGAGAUUGGGCUCAGAGGGUAGAGCUCCCGCCGCCCCCACCACCUGUUGCCCGGCGCCCGACGGUCAAGACAUAUCGCCAUGCCAAAACCGGUGAGACGGUCACGGUUGAGGUAGACGAGGACGACGAUCAUCACCGUGGGGCACUGUCGGAACCAGAUAUGCCGCGUAGGAAGCGUUCAUCGUCUGGUGAAAGUAGGAGGUCAAGCUCAAACCCAAGGACGCAACAGUGUCCACCCAAUGAUGGAAUUAGGGUGCGUUCCCUACAGAAACGGGGCUCCAAUGAUGAUGGAAUUAGGAUUAGCCCAGUAAAGCCCGCCCGCUCACUGCCAGACGAUGGCAUUAAAGUUCGCCCGGGUCCUCCUGUCUCUGCCGACAGCAGCAGCAGGUCCAUUUCUACAGUUAGUCCCUCCUCUUCGUCCGGGCGGACACCGAGCGAUCGGUCCGGUAGCAGAACACCGCCCAGAGGAGCUUCACCUCCUCCAAGAAGAGCCUCAACUCCGCCGCGAAGAGCUUCGACCCCGCUUAGAAAAGCAUCGACUCCCAAGCCAAGAGCGCGUAGUGAUCACUCGGCUGCUUCUGACGAUGUGAUAGAAGUCAUCGUUGAACCUGAAAGCGAAGUGUCAUCAAAGAGGAGCCCCAGUCCUCCGCCGAAGAGAAGGCUAAGAAGCCCUCCACCUCCAAAGAGGAAGCUGCCAAGAAGAAGGGGUUCCCGUGGAGGUGCGCGAAGAAAACCGAAGCGAAGAAGUCCUAGCCCACCAACUACAGCCACGCAAACAGAAACUACAACGGAUGACAGGCGACCGGGCGCUGACAAACCAAUGCCAACUCCUAGGAAUAAUGGUGGAUCAUCCGGAGAGGAUUCUGACCGGCGCCCACCAACUGCUGCUGGCAUUGAUGAUUUAGCAGAGAUUCCAUUCGGCUUUUCGGCGUUUAGCGAACUGGAACUCCCCUUGAGGGGUCAUACCCAAAGAACACACGCCCGCCAAAGUGCGAAACCUAAGCCGAAACCUCAGAGAAAUGAAAGCCUCAAACUAGUACCGAAUGUCCUCAAAAAGGUUAUGACCGGCGCCAUGGAGAAGAUGCAGGAGAUGGCGGAACCGCCGAGGCCUCCCCCUACGGGGAACAAGCCCGCUAGAAUCGAAUCUUGGUUGAACAACACGGUUGACCCCUUCGUAGAGGGUAUGCCGAACUUACCACCAGUUGUUGCCCCCGAACCCCUGCGAGUCUCGACCCCUGAGCGCAAUUCCAAGGAGAAGUUGGUCGACAGAGAUCUACCAGCUCAUAGGGAACGGGCCCCCGAGCGUAACUCGAAGGAGAAGCUGGUCGAUACAGAUGUGUCGACCCACAAGGCACGGACUCCCGAGAUUUCUAAGCGCGCUUCGGCAGAGCUGCCGCGCAGGAAAGAAAGACCUCAGACUCCGGUAACCCAUGAAGAGCUACGGAAGACUUCAACACGAUCGGAUGAUAGCGAAGUAACUCCCAAGAGGAGAAAGAGUCCUACAACUACCCCUGAUUCGGCGGCGGGGCUGAAACGACGCUCGACUCCUAGGAGCCCAACAUUACCGCGAAGGAGCAGUGGUUCCGUAAAGAAGCCCUUUCGGGAUGUGUUGAAGGAGGCCUUCAAGGGCGAAUCCAGUGCGCACAAAAUAGCACCCAUGGUAUAUCCCAGCUGCGAGACGGACGUUGAAUCUGAACCAGAAACCGAGCAUGACUUGGAGUCCAGGAGAAGCCCACCGCAGCAGCGCUCUCCUGACUCAUACAAGAGAAGAUCAGCAUCUCCUGAUCGCCCUUCCAGAGCCGAUUCCUAUUCUUCGUCAGAACCUAGCACACGGGGGCCCUCGCGCAGAAGACGACCAACGAGUGACUUGCAUGAUCUAUCCACCAUACUAUCUGAGGACUCCCGCGAAUAUCAGGAACCAUAUGGCAAGAAGGAUACGGAUAGCGUCUCCACUGUUUCCCAAUCCACCGUAACACAGGCACCCGAAGAGGCGUUCGGCCAGCCGACACCCCUCACCAGAGAAGCGAGUCAACAGUCACAAACCUCUCAAAUAUCCCGCAAGUCUGGCAGCUUGAAGCGCCGACUUACUACUAAGCACUCUGAUUUGGUAUCAGUGCUCUCACUUCCUGACGAUGGCCAGCUGGUCCCACCCAGCCGCUCAAGGAGCAUCAAGGCCUCGCGCAGUCUUCAUAGAAAGCCUAGCAAGGCUAACGACAGUAGGGUCAAUGAUCUGCUAGAGGAGUUUGCCGAUGAUGAGCACUUCUAUCAUCGAGAACUCAAGACCUUGGUCGACGGUGUCGUCCCCGUGCUCUUGAACGAGUUUGUCCAUGGAGACAAUGUGGACGAUGCCGAUCGCAAAACAGACAGCAUGGCCAAGGCUGUGGUAAAUAUGGGUGUCGCUCUCGAGAAGUUGUGGACUUACCACAAGCGCGCGCCCCUGCAUGAUAUUCGGAGGCUUCUUGAAUGGCUCGAAGCCGUCUCGCCGGUUUAUAACAACUACCUUGACGUGUGGCGAUUGGGAUUCCAGGAUCUCAUUGUCAACCUCGCACCGCCGAGCGGGAAGAUCGACGAGAAUGACUCCCUCCUGAAUGCGCUACCUCGCAAUGAGGAUGGCGACGUGCUCAGCUACAACGGUGAGCGGGUAGAUGUUGCGUACUUGUUGAAGCGGCCCCUGAUCCGAAUAAAGUGGAUGUACAAGUUUCUCCGGGCGGCUGUUAUGGUGAUCAAGACUCCGGAAACUGAAGACUUGCUCAAAUUGUACGGCAACCUCCAGGAGAAGGCCCGAACACGGCAUCGUGAAGAGUUCGCUCGCAUGACCGAUGAGGACGCCAACAACACCGACACAACACGCGCCAGAGACCUUCGCAACCUACGACCGCUGGACAACGUUCGGAUCGAUCCGAGCAGACAAGUGGCAGCUAAAGACUCCUUUGAGAUGGACCUUGAACACUCGAGCGGCCAACGACUUGAAUGCCAAGUUGAACUCAUGCACCGAGAUAGGGUCAACGUUCCUUCUGACAUGGGGGAUAUCCUCAUCCGUGACAUCAGCAACAAGGCUAAGCCAUGGCUGCUUUUCCCACCUGUUCCAAGGCAGUACAUCUCGGCAAGAAAAGGCGAGAGUCCCAGGAGCAUGAUUGUCAUGAUCCGCGGUAGACAUAACGGCGACGAGUGGUAUGAGCUGAUCAAGCUGUCCACUACCGAAGAGGUCCAGAUUACGGACUGGCUGGGAAUUUUGGGUAGCGACCCCAUGCCUCCCCUCUCACGACCUAAGCCGCCGAUGAGCAUGAGCCUUAUUCACGUCAGCUCACCAAAAGCGGACGACCUCGACGUCCCGAUUGGUGAACCUAGCGUUAUCGGCUCGUAUGAUGAUGAAUUCAGGACGCCUAGCCGAUACCACAAGCGGCAAGCCAGCGCUCCGGUCACCUCCUACCCGGCUCCCAACAAACACAUUCCGUACAGCGAAUCUGUGGAUAUCUUCAGAUCUCAGCCCAUUACCCCUGCCUACGGAAUCGAAUCUGUGCCUAUUCCUCGGCCCCUCAACAUCAAAGGUUCAGCUGUUGUGCAACCUCCGGUGGAGCUUGCUCCUACGACCCGGGUGAAGAGGCGCACAUCCUCUCCUCUCAAGCACGAAUAUCACCCAUCCGACAUCGACUCUGAGACUGAAGAAUCCGCCCGCAGUGACUCGGAGUCGUCAUCAUCCUCCAGUGACGAGUUGGACGAAGAUGAUGUUCCGGAUACGAUCCCGGGUUACAGCCUCAAGCAACCCUUGCCUCAGAUUGUUGAAGAAUCCGUUGUCUCAGAAAACACCAUAGCGCCAUCACAAUCAGCUUCUCAGGUUGGAGCACCUCAGCCAGGGCAGCAAACCCCGCAAGAGAGGACUGUGCAGAGGUUUGUUGCAUCAGUCUCGUACUGGUCCAACAGAAAGGGUAUCUGGAGGGAGAUCAACACUGAACCGUCGCGCAUCCUGGUCUUCCCCGGAAGUAUGGAGGUACACAUGCUCCAGGAAACCCCAGGGAACAAACAGGCGUACCCUCUGCAGACCUCUGGCACGUCCGAGGUCGACAUGGCGAACAGAGAGGCUGGAGGCAUUGUCCCUCUAAUCUGCCUCGUCCUCACCCCAGUGGUCAUGAUCCGCCGUAGUACGGCGCUUGACCUCGAGGUCCGCAGCCGCGUAUCUCCUGAGUCUCGCCUGAGCAGCAUCGAUAGCGGCAUGUUCCGCUUUCGCGCCGCGAGCCAGGAUGAAGCGAAGGCCCUUUACGAGGCGGUGCACCAAAGCCGGCUGAACAAUGCUAGGUACAUUCAGCUUGCCGAGGAGGCACGCGUCCGUUCUUUUGGGCAACAAACACAGAACGAUGCUGGCGCCGGUAGCGCCGACGGCACUGAAACCUCCAGCCGUCGAAAGAGCAUGAGCAUCUUUGGCCGCAAGAACAGUUAUCGCGCAUCCACUCGCGCGCCCAGCCAGCACAGCAGUGCGACAACUAGCGUUUCGGCUAAAAGCUUCUUGCGCCGCUUACUCGGCGGCGAGAACACGUCGUUCAACAUCGGCAAGUCCACCGUCGACAAGCAAUCCCGCCCUGGCUCCAUCGCCGGAAGCGGUGGUGCCCACGGCGGCGGCGGCAGCGGCAGCCUGUACUCAAGCGGCUACUCCUCUGGCACCGGCGGUAAUGACUCCUCAACCCCGCCGCGGAGCGCAUCCGGCUCCGGCAGCCAGUCCCCCAGCCGCUGGAGCAUUGGCCUGGCCAAGCCGUUCACUCCGGGCCAACCGCUCGAAAUCCGCUGCCACUUGAACGUGCAGAACAACCGCUGGGCUGACAAGGGUGACUGCAUCCUGCACAUUGGCCGUCCUCCCCCGGGCGUACGCCAGGAGCUAUCGCUAUACCACGGCCUAGAGAAACGCAUCAUCGUGACACACGCCACCAAGAAGGUUUCCGACAAGCCACUGAUCUUGUUAGAUGCCGUGCUGGGAUCCAAAUCCUUCAGCAUGCUGGGAACAAAGGGCAUCAUGUGCAGCGUCUGGGAGAACCUGCGAGACGAGGAAGGAAACGUCGGUCUAGCACCCCGCACGGGAAGGGUCGCUGGCAAGGUGACCAAGUGGUGCUUCCAAUGCAAGAGCGUGCAGCAGGCCAACUGGGUCUUUGGCAUGGUCACGAGCGAGGUGGAGGGGUUGCUGCUCUAGGCGAUGCAUCAUCCCCCGAACCUGAAUCUGGAUCUGAAUAUGAAUUUGGAGCCCGUCUUGGAAGAUAUGAUGGAAGAGAGCAGUAGUGGAAGUGAAAGUGGAGGCGGCGGGUGUAGUAGUAACGGCAGUGGUACCGAGAGGUAUUUUGGCUACAUGCCAAUUCCAUCGCCACAGGUGGUGCGGGAUGAAAGGAGGAAACAAAUGUGGAAGAGGAAACUGGAUGAAAGUCCGGAAGGGAGGCGGCGGAGGGAGAAGAGAGCCGAGGAGAGGCUGGUCAGGUUGAUGACGAUGUCUUCUGCCGGCGCCGCGUAGUGCAGUGCAGCACUGCAGCUGGCGACGCAGAUUUUGUGAUGGGAGUUUUGGUUGGGUUGGCAUGCACCACAUCAAGUGCAACUGACUGACUGGUGUCUUGCAGGCGUGUGAGUUCACGCAUUUGUGUUGGGUUUUGACUGUUUAUGUUUCUUUUUUUAUGUUUCUAUAGCCUGCACGGCUUCUUAUACCCCCCAUACAUAUUCUUAUACCUAUAUCCCUCCCUCACUAUAUGGUUUCAGCGAACUGAGCCUCAGGGAGGGUUUUCUUAUUCGUUAAUUACUAUUUUCCAUUUGCGAAGCAUUCGUCUUUCCUCUGUUCAUAUCAUCGUGAUAGCAGAUUUUCUCAUCCCUCAAGAAAUCCUGCUGUUUGGUUGGUUUUCGGGCCUAAACACACUAAAUAGAGUUUCUGGUUCUGAGGCAUAUGAUAUAUAUACACGUCAUGUCAGAGAUAUCUUUCCAAGUUCGAACCGACAUCCUCCACUUAAAUAAUGGUCUAGGAGACAGACCUCCCCCUCUCCCCUUCUUUUAUUUU